GCAGCGAGGAGAGGCGGAGUUCUGAGCAGACGGGGAUAUAACAGCCGCGGCAGGAGGCGACUGGAGGCACAAAGGGGAAACACAGCGGCCACAAAUUCAUCUGCAGCAUCAAAACUCAGGACAUGGAGCUCUACCUCGACCUCGUCUCUCAGCCCUGCCGCUCCGUCUUUGUGUUCGCCAAGGCGGUCGGGAUUCCCUUCGAGUUCAAGGUCGUGGCGCUCGUCGAAGGUCAGCAGUACAGAGAGGAGUUCGCCAAAAUCAGCAUGAUUCGGAAGGUUCCUGUCAUGAAGGAUGGAAGCUUCGUUCUGACAGAAAGCGUUGCCAUCCUGAAGUACCUGGCGCAGAAGCAUUCGUCGUCCGUGGCGGACCACUGGUACCCGGCCGAGCUGCGGCAGCGAGCUCGCGUGAACGAAUACCUGUCCUGGCAGCACAUGAACCUCAGAGCUCACGGGUCAAAGGUCUUCCUGCUGCGGGCCAUGUUUCCUCUCAUCAUGGGCUCAGAGGUGCCGAAGGAGAAGAUGGACGCUGCCGUCGAGGAUCUGAAGCUGUCGCUCAACCUGCUGGAGGAGAAAUUCCUGCAGGACAAGCCGUUCAUCGUCGGGGACAAGAUCUCCCUGGCCGAUCUGGUGGCUGUAGUUGAGCUCAUGCAGCCUGUUGGAACCGGACUGGAUGUGUUGGAAGGCCGGCCGAAGCUGAUCGCCUGGAGAGAUCGAGUGAAGCAGGAGGUGGGUGAGGAACUGUUUGACGAAGCUCACGAGCAGCUGAUGAACAUGAGCAGUCUGCAGGAGAAGAUGCAGAACAACAGCGCGAUGGAGAUGCUCAAACCAAAGUUCCAGAUGCUUUUCAAAUGAGGACGUUCGUUUCUCGACCGAUUUGUUUCUGUCUUCGUUGCUGUUGUUGGUCUUCAUCAGAGAAAUUCCUGUUCAGGUUUGAUACGAAGUUCUGAGAAAUCAUAAUUUUUUUUAUCAGCUCUGUUCUCACACUGUGUUUAUCCGAUGGAAGCCAAGACUCGUGGGGCAGCUGACAGUCAUGUGUUCAAAGACACUAUUUGAUUUGCCAAAAAUGGAAAAAUAAAUCAUUUCAAUGCAAUAAAAUGCAGAAUUUU